AUGGAAUUGGAAAAACUUGCAAAAGGCAGACACAGUGAUGGUUCUAUAUACAGGGCCAGUCAUAGUUGGAAAAGAUACUAUAUGGUUGCCGACCGUAAUGAGACUCGGUUGCCAGAUCCCACAGAUUGCGUCUUUUAUAAUGGAACUUGCAUACGGCAUAUACCUACUCGCUUGUUGCAAAUUUUCUCAUUAAAGUUGGCUGAACUUUCUGGGAAUCUUGGCUCAGUAGAGCUGUAUGGAUACGUAGCAGUGCGGGAUCAUAUGGAUCCAUUGCUUAAUUAUCUUGUCAAUAUAAGCAGGAACGAUCCCCUCAUCGUCAAGCAGGGUUCUCUCAUCAACAUGACUGGCCCUAAGAGAGGGAUAGAUUUGUAUGGCACUGCUCUAGUCGAAUAUGACAUGAGGUGCAAGACGACCUGUGGUGAUCUGCAGCUUAUCGAUGGUAUAUCAGCCAUAGACGACCUGUGGGGCACAUGGAAUCGUGCAUUCACGAAACGCAUAUAUGGGGAUUGUGGCUCAGUUGACAUAACUGUAUCACGUAUUGAUGAUGCAGUCCAGGCGACCAUAGAAGUUGUCAUAUCAGAAGUGCAAAGCAGUUUCAAUUUGUGUCUCGCUUGUUUUAUAGGUGGGUACAACGAUGAAGAAAUCCGGCUCUUCAAUGGUGCCAUUCAUGAGUCACGUGGCUUAAAGAGGUCGGUGGUUGCUGCAGUAGAUGGUUCCACUAUGAAUUUGAAGUUGAAGGUAGCCUCGGAGUCAUCCAGUACAGAUGAACACUGUUGUUCCUUCAAGGCGGACACGCAUGGGUUUGCUACUGAAGAGAUAAAGACUAAUUUUGGGUUGAUCUCGGUGAAGGUGAAUUGGUCGACUCUGCUUUCCUCAUAG